GUAGGCUCGCUUCACCUUUCCAGGUUUUAAAUCGUUUCUUUAAGCAAUAUCUGACUAAGAGGAUUAGGGUUUUUCAAAUUUAUUUGUCGCUCUCAAUCAAUUCCGAACUCAAAUUGGGGAUAAUCAUUUCAACCAUGGCUCCAUUUCUGAAUUCUCUCACAUCAUCAACUAAUAGAUGCAGCAUAGAUGUUCGGAUCCUCUCUUUAUGGCAAUCUAUCAAAGAUGAAGUUUCAACGGGACCAGUGGGGUUAAACAUGAAAUUGUUAGAUGAGAACGGAACUUCAAUUGAAGCUUAUAUAAACCCUAGGAUUGUGGGUAGAUUCCAUCCUUUACUACACCAAAGUGAGAUGUAUUCGUUAUUCAAUUUCUCUGUAGUUCUGUUCAGUCACGACAUUACUCAUCGUGUGUCAAAGAAUUCCUAUUAUAUCCUCUUCCACGAACACCCUGAAGUAAAGGCACUUGGUCCUAAUGAUAAAGCAAUUCCGAAGUAUUGUUUUGAUUUUGUUUUUUUAAAAGAUGUUCGACAUAUCAAGCACGAUAACAACAUUCUAAUUGAUAUAGUUGGCCUUAUUGGUUGUGUAGAACUUCCCUCUAUUGUUAUUAAUAAUGAAGGUGUGGAAGAAAAGUUUGUCGAGUUCGGGAUUACUGAUGGCAUGGAAAUUUUUCAAGUGACUCUUUGGGAUGCAAUAUGUGAACAGUUUCUUAAAUUCAUGUCUGGGAUAAAUGAUGAAUUGGCUGUCAUUGUACUUCAAAGUUGCAAACUUACUGUCGACUGUGGUGUUUGCUCAUUCACCAAUCAUCCGGCUACUAGGUUUGAUAUAACCACUGAAACUACUAUUGUGCAACACUUGGCCAAUAAGAUGUUCUCUCUAGAACAGUCCAAACCUGUGAAGUUAUACAAUCCAUAUUAUGUCGCCGACUUGAUAGAUAUCAAUCGUAGAGAAAUCCAGUGCCGAGUUGUUUGUCGGAUGACGGUAAAGAACAUAGAUGAACAUGAGGAAUGGUAUAUAUGUAUUUGUUCUGAAUGUGGUUUAGAAUUUGAAGAAAAUGCGGGAUCUAACAAGUGUCCACACUGUAAGGUAAAAAUUGUCAUGGCUGAUAAAAGGUAUCGUUUAAUUGCUCAAGCUUUUGACAAAAGUGCGGAGUUAUAUAUUUUGCUUGGUGAUAAUGCAGUAGAGAAACUGCUUGGGAAAACUGUGUUUGAAAUUCAACUGGUAUUAAAUAUUUUUCUUAUGCAAUUUAUACAACAAGCAAUAUUACCGUGCUUAUUUUUGUCAUGGGAAAAUAAUAUCUUCCAGCACUUAACUUUAGAAGCUCGCAUCCUAUUAUCAUUGAAGGACAUUGUUAACACAGAGUUCUUCCUUGAAAUUGAUCUUCCAAGUUGUGCAAAUCAUAAUGGAAAUCCUCUUUUCCACGUUAGAGAAAUUCUAUCCAUCUUGAAGGUUGGCGGCAGCAGAAAUGCAGUUGAAAAGUUAAUUGUGCUUUCAGAUUCUGAUGCUUGAAGAAUGUCAAACCUUCAACAAAACCUUGCGAUUUGAUUGUUUAUGCUAAAUGCUAAUUAUGAUAUUUGUUAAUUACAUGUUUUUAUCGUAUGUACCGUUAAAUUAUUUUUUGUUAUUUUCCAAUCUCUACCUGUCUACAUACAUUAUAAUGCUACAUUUAAAAAAAAACCUUUUUAUUUUCUUCAAUUAAUUUGAAUAAAAAAAAGUUUUUACAAAAUGAGUACAUAAAAAGUAGCAGUCAGUAAUAACUAUGAUCUACUAGGGUCUUGAACAAUAUGUCACUAUGCGAAGUUUUUUUUAACGAAAGUAGAAUGUUACAGAGUAAUAUAGAUGUGUGUUUGUUUUUUUGGUUUUAACUAUGGAUAUUAUAAAUAUUACCAUUGUACAUUUUUUUAAUAUAUUAAUUCCAAAUCUGCAUUCAUAAAAUAUGUUUCAUAUAUUAUUGUUCUCCCAUUUGAUAAUGUAAAAAAUUGUAAUAAAUGUUAUCCAGUUCAAAUUUUAGAAAAUCAUCUAGCGACCUUUCUUUUAAUUGUAAAAAAAACUUGAAUUUCUCAAUAGAGAAAGGUUCAAAUCAAUGAUUAGACUUGCAUCUACCCAAGCUGUCUCUUUCUUCCAGUAUAUGUACGAAAAGUUUUUCCAUUUUCAAAAAACAUUAUUGAGCCCCCAACCACUCUCUCCUACCAAAACAUUUAUCAUCUCAGUCUUAACAUUACGAGCAAGGCAGCAACAAUGGCGAUCGAGAAAUAUGAUUCCCUUACAUCCACAGAUCCAGACAACUAUAACUGGAAAGUGAAGGUAAGAAUUUCAAGGAAGUGGGAAAGUAUUCAGAAGAACACCACUAAUGUCAAGGGUUGGAAUAUCAUACUGGUUGAUGAUCAGAACACCCGGUAACAUGCUUUCAUCGGAGAAGCUCAUUUGAAAAAAUUUGACGGUUCGCUGGAGGAAGGAGAAAUCUACGUUAUUCAGAAUUUUAGCGUCAAACCUUACACUGAGAAGGAGAAGCAUAUGUGCUUCAAAGAUGAUACACAUAUUUACUUUUCCUCCUACACCCAAGAAUUCAAGUAUCCAGGCUCUGAUAAUCUAAUACCUGCGAAUGUGUUUGGAUUCUAUGAUAUUUCUGAAUUAUUGCCAAUAGUCAACCAGAAUACGUUCCUGAUAGACGUUGUUGGUGUUGUUCAAAACGUUGAAUUUCCCAGGCAUUUCGUAAACAAAAAUAACGAAGAGCAGUCUUAUGUCAAAUUUGAUCUCACUGAUGGAAGCUAUUAUGUUAAGGUUACUCUGUGGGAUAGUUUUGGUCAUACAUUUUACGAUGAUUACAAGGAGAUCAAAGAUGAUACAGUUGUUCUGAUCCUUUCUAGCGUGAAAGCUAACAUUUGGGAAAAGAUACUGAGUUUGUCUAACUAUCCUGCAACGCGUUAUUUCUUCAACUACUCUCACCAUAGUGUUAACAUGCUUCAUGCCAGUUUCAAACAAUCUGGAUUUCGUACAACACAAAUGGAGAUGGCUAGAUUUGAACCUGACCCCAACAUGUCUGUUGCAGAAAUUAAAAGCCUAAUUCCUGAAACAGAAGAGAUGAAAGUUGUUUGCGAGGUAACCAUAAAUCGAAUCACCAAUCAGGAUUUAUGGUUUUAUCACAUUUGCUGUGGAUGUUCAUCUGAUAUUGAAAAAUAAAAUGGGAAGUUUAAAUGUGAUCAUUGUAACAAGAUUGAGCCAUAUCCUAAUACAAGAUUCCGAGUAUGCGUGUUAGCUUCUGACCAUACUGGUACAAUUGGAAUUAUUCUCUAUGAUAGAGAAGUUCGCAGAGUUAUUGGUGAAUCUGUUUUUGAACUACAGUGCAAGCAAAUGCAAGAAGGAAAUGAUGGGAAGUUUCCAGCAAUUCUUCUUUCUUUGGAGAAAUUGUCUUGCAAAUUAACCCUAUCUCUUAAAAGGUCUCAAUCUCAGAAGAAAACAAAUAUAUUUCAUGCAUCUGACUUGAGUAUUUCACCAAAGAAUGAAUGUAUUUCUCCCAUUUCUGACGGUGAUACAUACAUUAGAGAAUAACCAUCAAUAACAGAGGGCGGCUUAACUCAGACAUCCAAACAUCUUGGUAAAAGCACUCCGGACACGCUCAAAUCUACUAACAGGACCAAGGGAAAGAAGAAAUUAUUGAAGAAUGUUCGUAAGGUUAAUCUUGCGGCUGAUGCAGAUGAGGACGAGGAAAUUCCACUAGGUAUGUGGACUACACAAACGGAUCCUGAAUGAAGGAAUAAGUGCUCAGGUACCCUGUUUUCUAUCUAAGUUUGUUAAGUAUCAAUGUUUGUAGUAAGGCACAAUGAUAAUACCUUUUUUAAAUGACUUUUGUUGUAAUACGUUUGGAAACUUAAUGUCGCCUAAGUAUGUUUGGUUUGAAUUUAUCAUUCCUGUGACAAGAUUGUAACAUAACUUCUCACCCCUAUUUUUACUACCAAUUAGAU